CAAGUUUUGUUUUAUUUUUUGUGUUGUUUAAGUUUAACUGUCGACAUUAAUGCGUGUUUGUCGUACAACGAAUAGUUUAAGCAAAACAAAUCGAAAAAACCUUUAUAUUUCACUACGCGACAAAGACCACCGAUAGCUUUUUCAGUGUUUUUAGCAGUAUCAGCGGUUUACUCGCUUCAAGUCGUUCAAAUAAUAUUAUUCGAUAACGUUUAUCCCGGCCUUAUGCACGGCUUCAGCAGCAUGUUUAACAAAAAGCAAGACACCAGCGAUACAAGACGAAUACCGCACGGUUCGGCCUCGAGCAGUACAUCGCAGGCGAAUGGGACAAUCCGGCCAGCUUACGUCAUUGAGCGGUACGCCGCGUACUAUCCGAUGAACCAUAAACGACGAGGUUUGGCACUGGUGUUCUCGCACAACAAAUACAAUGUGCCGCAUGUGCAGUUACCCGUACGCGAAGGCAGUGCCGUGGAUUGCAAACGAUUGAAAGAAACGUUAGAAUUAUUCCGGUUCGAUGUGAAAGUUUACCCGGAUUUUAAGCUGGAGGAAAUUAAAGCUGUUGUAGAGAAUGUUUCUGCAAUGGAUCACAAAGAUAACGACUGCAUCCUAAUCGCGGUGCUGACACACGGCGAUGAAGGCGAUUACGUGUACGCACACGAUGCUUCGUACGGUCUCUCCACCAUCUGGAGUCACUUCACUGCCGACAAUUGUCCAUCGCUGGCGGGACGACCGAAAAUUUUCAUAGUACAAGCGUGCCGCGGCAACAAGCUGGACAACGGAGUCAAGGUCCAGAAGGACGGUGUCGCCCGGUACAGCAUCCCGACGCAUGCCGAUUUCCUGUUCGCGUACGCCACCAUCCCCGGCUUUAUGGCCUUUCGCAACACGACGGAGGGUUCGUGGUUCGUUAACGAACUGUGCAAGGAGAUGCAGGAAAACGGGCACAAGUACGAUCUUGUCACACUGCUCACGUUCGUUACGCAGAAGGUAGCGUACGAUCAUGAAUCGGUGUCCAAUCUGCCGGAGUACAACAUGCGCAAACAGACACCGUGCGUCGUAUCCAUGCUGACCCGUUUGCUGCUGUUUAACCAGGUUUAACCCCACAAUUGCUUUCAUGCAACCGUUUUAGUCAUCCUGUUCGGUUGGUUGUAUGUUAGCUGACGGGAACGUAUGCCCAAGGCAGCUUUUACUAAGUUUAACCUUCUACCUCAUGUGGUUUUAUGUUUAAUUUAAUCAGGUCAAAUAAGAGUUAUAAGAAUCCAAAGUAAGGUUACCAGUCAAAUCGAAAUUGACAUGUUUUUUCGGUGGGGCUUCACACCAAAUAGGUUUUCGUCAUACGAACGUUUAAACAAAAAACAGCACCACCGAUAACACCACUCUUUACGCAACAUUCGGCACGAAAGUAUUUGAUAGAAAAAGUAAAUAACAACAAUCUCUAAAUUAUUUUUAAAAUCGUGAUGAAAAGGGAACACACAAUAACUCAAAGUCAAAAUAAUUUAUUCUUUAACAUUUUACUACGUUCUACACUGAUGGAAAGCAAUA